UUUUAUUCAUUUUUACUAUUUUUUAUUUAUUUAUUUUAUUGUUAUUGUAUUUUCUUUUUCUGUGUAAUGAUUGGUUUUCAAACUUUUAUCACUGUUUUUCACUGGAAAGUUCUUUAGUCAACAAUGUUGUUUUAAAAGUGCUCUAUAAAUAAAGUUGGAUUGAAGUAAAACAAAUAGGUUUAUGUUGAGCCCUGAUUUUUAGAGUGUGCCUCAGGGAAAUCCAGCCCUCCUAAAACAAAAGAGUGCACAAAGGUAUUAGUAUGUGCAAACUCAUUCAGGGUCGGAGUGUGUGUGUGGGGGGGGUCCUAUCUUGCUUGCAUCGCAAAAAACGAAGUUCAAAAAGACUGAAAACAAACACGCAAUAAAGUCACAAAUUUAAGAAAUGCCAGAGGAUUUUUUUUUUCUCAACGUGGCCCUAAAUCUCCUUUGUAGAGAGAUCCACACACUAAACGCGCAAAGUGUUUACUGAAUCAGUCACGUGGUACGGCCAAACGUCAACACGAAGGUCAUAAAAACGAGUCCGACACACGUCUGUAAUUUUUUUCCCUGCACUCCAGUAGGCGGCAGUAAUGCACCUGUAAGCUGGUUUGCCAACUGCCAUCAAGCUCCGAAGGAGAAAGAAGGAAGUGGAGGGGCAAAGUGUGGCUGUUCGAGUGCAGCGCUGUGUGCAGACAUGGCUGCUUUUUAACGAAGCGGACUAAAGUCGGAAGAGAGACACAAACUAAAGUAUAGAUCCCGUCACGUCAGUGUGGAUCUGAUACCAACGUCGGUAUCGCUUCAUCGAUGCUUGUAUCGAUCCGCCCAGCCUGAGUUGAAGCAGCAAUGAGUUCAGUUCAGUAUCUGAGAGAGUUCAUCAAGGAGAGACUAACUGCUGUUUGUGAAGAAAUCUUCUCAGAGGUUCAAAAAACCAUCGUCCAGUAUGAGGAGGAGAUCAACCGUCAGCACAGACUGCUGGAUAUCAGCCGGAAACCCGACAGAAACUCACACAUCACAGACCCCCUACAACAACACAACUGUAAGGAAGAGGAGGACCCAGAGCCUCCAGAGAUUAACAAGGAACAGGAGGAACUCUGCAGCAGUCAGGAGGGAGAGCAGCUUGGAUUGAUGGAGACCAUCUGUAAACCUGAUAUAAAGUUACACAGAAUAGACCUCCAACAGCAGCAUGUUGGUGAGAAGGAGGAGGGUCUGGAUGAGCAGCACGUCUGUAACCAGGAGAGGAACUCCAGUCUGGACCAGGAGGACCCAGAGCCUCCACAGAUUAAAGAGGAACAGGAGGAACUCUGCAGCAGUCAGGAGGGAGAGCAGCUUGGACUGAAGCAGGAGACUGAUUCUUCAGCAGACAACACUGCUGCUUCAGAGAGUCAAACUGAAACAAGGAAAAAGUCUCUACAGUGUGACACUUGUGGGAAAACGUUUCAGUAUAAAUGCUUACUGACUGCACAUUUGACAGUUCACACAGGAGAGAAACCGUUUCCUUGUAGCAAAUGUGGCAAAAAAUUCAGUCAGCGGACACGCUUGAAAAGUCACAUGAGAAUUCACACUGGCGAGUAUCCGUACUCGUGUAACAGCUGUGGGGAAAAGUUUUUUGACCUAUCAACAUUGAAAGCUCACGUGAGAAUUCACACAGGUGAGAAGUCGUAUCCUUGUAGCACCUGUAGAAAAGAAUUCAGUCAAAAAUCAGCUCUAAAAUCUCACGUAAGAGUUCACACAGGUGAGAAGCACCAUUGUUGUAGCACCUGUGGGGAAAGUUUCAUUUGGAAUAUGCAAUUAAUACGGCACAGGAGAAUUCACACAGGUGAGAAGCCAUAUUUUUGUAGUACCUGUGAGAAGAGAUUCAUUCGGAAGAUACAGUUAAAGAAUCACAUGAGAAUUCACACUGGCGAGUAUCCGUACUCGUGUAACAGCUGUGGGGAAAAGUUUAUUGACCUAUCAACAUUGAAAGCUCACGUGAGAAUUCACACAGCUGAGAAGUCGUAUCCUUGUAGCACCUGUGGAAAAGAAUUCAGGCAAAAAUCAGCUCUAAAAUCUCACGUAAGAGUUCACACAGGUGAGAAGCGCCAUUUUUGUAGCACCUGUGGGGAAAGUUUCAUUUGGAAUAUGCAAUUAAUACGGCACAGGAGAAUUCAUACUGAUAAACAGUUUCAUGCUUAGAGAAUAUGGGGACAGCUGUGAGUUAUAGCAGUGUGCUGGUGGUAGAGCUGACACUGAGGAGGAGCCUUUUGCAGGAGUCUGCUCCUGUUGUGUAGGCUUGUUCAGUUCUGUUGUUUAUUUAAGUUUAUGUGUUCGUAAAGGUCCAGGGAUCGAGUUCUGUUAUUGUUUACUGAAGCCUCGUCUUUUUUUUUCUUUUUUUUUUAAUCAAAGCAAGAGUAACCAAAGCUGAGUGUGUUCAUUCAGGUUUUCAUCUAGUUUUAGUUUUUAUAUAUACCUGAAUAUAUAAUAUUUAUGUAAGAUGUGUCAUAUGCAGUGUUGGGGAGUAACGGAAUACAUGUACCGCCGUUACGUAUUU